UAGUAGGGAAUAAUGUGUGGCCGUGCGCUGUAGUGCUGUCUACCUGUGCUGAGCUAUAACUACAGGCGAAACUUGUGGUGUUUACCUGACUGCCCAUUUCAGCUACAGGACUUGGAGUUUAUACUUGGGGGCAUUUGGAACAAGAUGCAACAUAGGUCAGCAUGGCAUCACCAGGUGGACCACAUGCAAGAAUCAAGAUGACCACAGUUAUCUUCCUGAUCACCUCUUUAUUGCUGUAUGCUCCAUGCCAAGUAUUUAGUGAACAUACCCAAGGAGCCGUGUUUCUUCAUGAAUUUCCUCUGAUAAGAAGAGAAAGUCACCAGGAUGAUUUUUUAGCUGAUCUGAUGAAUACUCAUAAGAUUGAAGACCCGAGCUCUCGUACUGCUCGAUCAGAGGAGGACCGUGACACUUUAUGGGAUGCUUGGGGAUCAUGGAGUGAGUGCUCAAGAACUUGUGGCGGGGGAGCCUCAUAUUCUCUACGGAGGUGUCUUAGUAGCAAAAGCUGUGAAGGACGAAACAUACGAUACAGGACAUGCAGCAAUGUGGAUUGUCCAGCUGAAUCAGGAGACUUCCGUGCACAGCAGUGUUCUGCUCAUAAUGAUGUCAAAUACCAAGGACAGUAUAGAGAGUGGCUUCCAGUUCAUAAUGACCCUGAGAACCCAUGUUCAUUAAAAUGCCAAGCAAAAGGGACUUCCCUUAUUGUGGAACUUGCUCCUAAAGUUCUGGAUGGUACUCGCUGUUACACUGAGUCCUUAGAUAUGUGUAUAAGUGGUUUAUGCCAGAUUGUUGGUUGUGACCACCAGCUGGGAAGCACUGCAAAAGAGGACAACUGUGGAGUUUGCAAUGGAGAAGGGUCAACAUGCCGUUUGGUUCGGGGCCAGUACAAAUCACAGGUCUCUGCAAAUAAAUUGGAUGACACUGUGGUUGUAAUACCCUAUGGGAGUAGGCACAUCCGGCUGGUUCUUAAGGGCCCUGAUCAUUUAUACUUGGAAACUAAGACUCUUCAAGGUGUAAAAGGUGAGAAUAGCCUAAGCUACACAGGCUCAUUCCUUGUGGACAACACUACUGUGGACUUUCAAAGGUUUUCUGACAAAGAAAUUCUUCGGAUGGCUGGUCCCCUUUCUGCAGACUUCUCUGUAAAGGUUCGUUACGCUGGUGCUGUUGAUAGUGUGGUGCAGUUUAUCUUCUAUCAGCCUAUCAUACAUCGCUGGAGAGAAACCGACUUUUUUCCAUGCUCGGCAUCCUGUGGAGGAGGAUACCAGCUGACAUCGGCAGAAUGUUAUGACAUGAGAAGUGGGCGGGUAGUGGCAGACCAGUAUUGUCAUUACUAUCCAGAAAAUGUAAAGCCCAAACCCAGGCUCCAGGAGUGUAACAUGGACCCAUGUUUAGCAAGUGAUGGCUACAAACAAAUUAUGCCCUAUGACCUUUAUCAUCCUCUUCCCAGAUGGGAAAAUACUCCCUGGACCUCUUGCUCCUCAUCUUGUGGUGGUGGAAUUCAAAGCCGAACAGUCUCCUGCGUGGAAGAAGAUAUGCAGGGUCAGAUUAGCUCUGUGGAGGAAUGGAAAUGUAUGUACACUGCAAAAAUGCCUUUAGUCCAACCAUGCAAUAUUUUUGAUUGUCCAAAAUGGUUGGCUCAAGAAUGGUCACCGUGCACUGUCACUUGUGGUCAUGGGCUGAGGUACCGAGUUGUUCUUUGCAUUGAUCAUAGAGGCAUACAUACAGGAGGCUGCAGUUCAAAAACAAAACCUCACAUCAAGGAGGAAUGCACUGUACCCAUACCUUGCUUCAAGAUGAAAGAGAAACUACCAGUGGAAGCGAAGUUGCCAUGGUACAAGCAAGCACAGGAGUUGGAGGAAGUCACAGCUGUAUCUGAAGAACCUUCAUUCAUACCAGAACCAUGGUCCCUGUGUAGUGUAUCCUGUGGAAUAGGUGUUCAGCAAAGAAGUGUGAAGUGCCAGGUGCUUUUGUCAUUUGCACAGACCAUUGCUGACCUGCCGCUAGAUGAGUGUGAGGGACCACAGCCAGCCACUCAGAGAAUGUGUCAUAGUGGACCCUGCAAUGGUGAAGCUAUUGAAUACAUCCCAGAUGAAGAAGUGCUGGAGAAUGAAGGAUUAAAGGAAAUUGAUGAACUCUAUGACUGGGAGUAUAAUGGUUUCUCUGAGUGCUCUGAAUCUUGUGGAGGAGGUAUGCAAGAAGCUGUAGUGGUCUGCUUGAACAAACAAACUAGUUCAACAGCGAUUGAAAGCCUGUGUGUGGCCAGCAGACGUCCUCCACCGCUCUUAAAGUCAUGCAAUAUGGAGGCAUGCCCCCCAAGAUGGGAAAUUGGAAACUGGAGCUCAUGCAGCUUGACUUGCGGAGUGGGAUUACAAACGAGAGAUGUAUUUUGCUCUCAUCUCCUGUCACGAGAGACAAAUGAAACGGUGGUCUUAGGAGAUGACUUCUGCAAACAACCUAAACCAACCUUGGUGCAGGCCUGUAAUCGCUUUGACUGCCCGCCAGCAUGGUAUCCUGCAGAAUGGAAGCCGUGCACACAGUCUUGUGGGGGAGGUGUACAUAUUCGUGAUGUUCUCUGCAAGCAAAGACUUUCAGAUGGCAGCGUCCUGGAACUGCCAGAAACAUUUUGUUCAUCGCCAAAGCCAACAUCUCAAGAAAUGUGCGAGAAUGAAGAUUGCCCACCAGAGUGGCAUUUGACUAAGUGGUCUCAGUGCUCAGUGUCUUGUGGAGAAGGAACACAGAUCCAAGACGCAGUUUGUAGGAAGAAAAUGAAGACUGGGGAAUACGUUGUGAUAAAUUCAUCUAUAUGCGCUGGUUCAGUCCUUCAUCAGAUGACCCGCCCUUGCUCACUUGCGCCAUGCACUAGACCAAAGUUUGGUCAGAAAACAAAUCCUCAAAUUGCCAGUCUGAGAAAAAUAUAUAUCCAAACAAGAAAACAUAAGAAGUUGCAAUUUGUUGUUGGCGGAUAUGCUUACCUCCUUCCAAAGACCUCCUUUGUGCUUAAGUGCCCUGUAAGGCGAUACCGUAAACCCCAGAUUAUAUGGGAGAAGGAUGGCAAACACUUGAUAAGCUCAGAGCACAUUACUGUUGCACCACAUGGAUACAUCAAGAUUCAUCACCUUAGAUCUUCAGACACUGGAGUGUACACAUGCCUGGCAGGAUCUAGCCAAGAACAUUUUGUUAUCAAGCUCAUUAAUGAAAACAAUAAAAUUGUUUCUCAUGCUUUUAGAAUAAGAGAUGAUGAAACUGUUAAAAAAAAAAAAAAAAAUGAGGCUUAUAAUCGUCCAGAAAAACAUCAAACUGCAAAUCUGUUUAACAGAAGCAAGACAGAAAAACAAAUUCAAGGCUCAGAUGCAAGUAGUCGCUAUGAUGAUAUAAUCUCAAGGCUAAUGGCUUUAAAACCUUGGUCAGAAUAUUAUGUGGAUCCAGCUGACCCUCAGGAGUCUUUUGAAAGGAACAUCUCCUCAGAGGAAGAUCAUGUUGUGGAGCACUCUUUAGCAAACACUGUUGUCAUCGAUAUUAAACGCAUAGAUGAUAUAAUUCAAUCUUUGUCUCAACAACCUGUUGAACUCCAUGACAACAACAGCAGACACCUGUUAUCCCAGUUGGCCCAUGAGUUAGCACGGAGCUACCUAGAGAACCAUAAAGCACCUGUUUUCAAGGCAGAGCAUAAACAGGUUAGUGCUGGAAGAUCAGAAUAUUCAUUUUCCAAACCUGUUUCUGGCUUCUCCAGCUCCUGGAGAUCAUCAUCAAUGGAGUCGGAAGUAUUUGAACCUCAUGAAAUUCUUCCAGAACAUUAUUUUAGGAAACCAGUAAUUCUUAGAAAAAUAUCUGCAGCUCAACAUUUUUCUGCUUCUGAAGUUGUAACUCAUAUCGGACAGACAGUGGCACUGGCUAGUGGAACUCUCAGUGUGCUUCUGCAUUGUGAAGCCGGUGGAAACCCUAAACCAGUUAUUAGCUGGGCCAAAAAUGGAGAAGAAGUAAAAUAUAGUAACAGGAUGCUUCUAAAGUCAGAUGAUUCCUUGGAGAUAUUAGAACCAGUUGAAGCUGAUGUUGGCUUCUACACCUGCAAUGCCACCAACUCUCUAGGCUCUGCCUCAGUGUCAAUUGCCAUUACUCUUGCAGGGAAACCAUUAAUAAAGACCUCCAGGACUGUGCUUAUCAAUGUGGAUACGCCUUCCAUAGCUGUCGAUGUGGGUAGCGUAGUGAAGACCAUUCAUGCAACAAAUGUCACUAUCCAUUGUCAAGUAGCAGGUCUACCUGAGGCUGAUGUCACCUGGUACAGAAAUAAAAGUCGACUGCAUCAUGUGCCCCGUCACAGCGACACUUCUUUAUUUCUAGGAAAUGUAAGCUAUUCAGAACAGGGACAAUAUACUUGUAAAGCUGUCAAUAUACAUGGGGAAGUUUCUGAAUCAACAUACCUUCAGAUUAUAGAACCCCUUCCGGAUACUUUUGGAACAGAAAGAUUGGGAAUGCUUUUUGCUGAAUUUGGGCCAGAAACACCAUCUGUGUUGACAUCAUUGACUGGCAAUAACCUGUUGGUUAAAACUGGUGGAUCAGCAUUGAUAGGAUGUCCAGUGAAAGGUGAUUCUGUCCCCCAUAUCACCUGGCUUCAUAGAAGUCAACCACUAAACAGUGAUACAAAGCUAACAUAUGAUAUUAUGGAAGGUGGACAGAUUCUUCAGCUAACUAACAUAAGCAAGGACCACCAGGGAGAAUAUAGUUGUGUUAUUCAGAAGAAUCCGUCAGAUUCAAUCAUGCAAAAAGCUUUUCUGUCACUUCAGGAUUACCAGUGGACUUUGGUUGGUCACCUGCCAUGUACAACAUCAUGUGGUAAUAGAGGCAUCCAGCAUCCACAGCUGAGGUGUGUUCUUGACAAGCAAGAGGUCAAUGCGUCAUACUGCCAAGAGAAGCCCAAACCAUCCAUAAAUCCCACUGCAUGUAACAGAAGGGAUUGUCCACCAAGGUGGAUGGUUACAUCAUGGUCAACAUGUUCACAAAGUUGUGGAGGGGGUGUCCAAACCCGUCGCGUGACAUGUCAAAAGAUGACUGCUGGGGGCUUCUCUGUCCCAGUUCCAAAUGAUAGCUGUAUAUUGUCUGCAAAACGUCCGGUUGAUAGUCAGAGCUGCAGUCGACAGCUGUGUGUAGAAUGGGCCACAUCUUCAUGGGAACAGUGUCAUGGGCCAUGUAUAGGACCGCGAACAGCUGUACAGCAUAGACAGGUGUAUUGUCAAACACGAGAAGGAACCAUCGUAUUUCCAGAACAGUGCCAUGUCUUACCCAGACCGCUAAGUACACAAAACUGCUUGGCAGACAUGUGCAGUGUACAGUGGAGGGUGUCUCCUUGGACCCACUGCACAGCGACUUGUGGCAGCUAUGGAUUCCAAUCCAGACGUGUUGAGUGUGUUCAUCAUCGAACUGGCAGGUCUGUUCAAGAGCGUAUGUGUUCCUGGAGACCUCGGCCCUCUAACUGGCAGCGCUGCAACAUGGCACCUUGUGAGAACGGUAUGAGCUGUAAGGGCUGGAUUUACUAAGAUGACUGCAGAGAUUCAACCAGGUACUGUGAAAAAGUAAAACAGCUGAAACUCUGUCAGCUUGCACAGUUUAAAUCUCGCUGCUGUGGGACUUGUGGGAAAGCCUGACGACCCAUUCAGAAGCCUAACUUUGUUUUAGCUCGGGAAGGAGACAUAAAUAAGAACAGAGCUAAUCCACAGGCUUGUGAUGAUCCUGUGAUUGCAUUUACUUGUGCGAAGUUCAACCAUUAAAAAGGACCCAGCAAGGUUGUCUUCUGCUGGAGGACAGGAUGUACCUGAUUCACUUUUCUCAUCAUUUGAAAUAAGGAUACCAAGCACAAAAACUUUAGUCUGCAUCAUGGACCUAGUUACGAGGAUGCUGCAGCCUACAAUACAAUUUUCAAGCAACAUAGGAACAAAGGGAUUAUGAUGGGACACACAUGACUUGGUGACAAAUGGACACUUCUAGAUGUACAUGUAUUGUUAUUUUUGUAAUUUUUUUAAUUCUAUUUUUAUAUUGUGCUUUCUCUGCCGCCCCACUAUGAAACACAGAGCACUGCACAACGACGCACACUACAAAAAACUAAAGCUGGGACCAGUCAUCUACUGGAUUUAAAACAACCAAAUCUGAAAGACCAAGUUGUCUAUACAAUCGUAGGAAGAACAACAGCAUUGCUUACUAGUGAGCCUGAUUCACGCACAGAUUUAACUUUGAUGACAAGGGUUACGGGCAUGACCUAUCAUGCAAUGACCUGUGAAAUUCAUACACUGCAUCUCCCCAGUACAAGGUAUAUGGAAUCAAUGACUACCAACAUAAAGCAGAUUCCGCUAUUUUUAAUGGCACUUUGAAAGUGUGAUGCUUGAGAAUGACAAACACGGCAAACAGAAAUGUGCAAAUUUUAAAGAAUAGAAUAUGUUAGUGGGAAAAGAAGAGAAUUAUUUAAGCUUUUAUUAGCACUUUGUUUCUUGUACAUUUUGAUGCCAUUGGGCUAGAUAAUUUUAUUUUUUAAAUUCAUCAAGGGUUUGUCCACUAAACCUAAACUGUGAGUAGCAUUAAUUGCCACAUAUGGGUGUCAAAACAAGCCUAACAUCCCUAUCGGAUGCAGAUACGAGUAGAUGGCGGUAAGAAACCAAAUAAGUAUCAUGUCCGACAGGUACAGUAGCAGACUUCAUGAAUCUAAGAGCAAUCAUAAUACAUAUAAUAAUGUAUAACACAAAAAUGAGAUAUAUCCAUGCCCUUCAUUUAUAUAAUUGUCUUAUCUAUAUUUCAAAGCAGAAUCGACCGCUUAAGAAGCACUCAGCGUUCCAAAUUAAUUUACGGUAGUUUU